UACUCUCUUCCCAUGAUGCAGUUCGGAAGAAACCCGGCGGGGACAUUCAAAACCAUGGCAGGCGACUCGAAUAAAUUGAAAUCAACACCAGACUCUGAAAAUGCGUCGUUUAUUAAUAACGGAGACAUUGAGAUAACGAGGCGUCUGACGUUUCCAUCAGAGGAAGUUGUUGGCCCGCUGGAGGAACCAAAGAUGACGUCUAAACAACUAGCGUUACAAAGUGUUCCCGACGACUCGGAUUCAUGCCGACUGUCUGCCGAAGUCGCCACACAACUCUCGCCUCAGGUCGUAAACACACGUUUAAAGGUGGAAAAUGCGACGGAAUUCAAAGAUGCCUCCCCCGAACAUCGACUAAAUCCAAAACAGCACAUUGGUUACGACGCUGAAGACAAGGAAAACACCGCUUUGCCCUCCUCAACCGGCCCUGCAGAUAACCCCCAAGAUGACACUUCUUGUCAGACAAGUUUUCAAGAUUCCAAUGUGAAUGCCAGUAAACAACAUUGUAACACAGAGGACAUUGAUUCUGAGGCGAUGAGAAAAGCGCUGGACGAAGGCCUUGUGAACGUGGUUUUCCCUGGCACUGUAACUCAGGAAGGCUGCUGCCGCUUCGUCAGCGAGAUCCUCAAGUGCAUUCUCUAUCAGAGGCAGCAACUACCCAUGACUUAUGACCAGCUGGUGUACUCCCAGAAGAAACAGCAAGCCUCGAUGCAGGAUAAAGAUAUAGUAAGUCGGAGGCCAGUGCAAGCUGCAGACAUGGAGUGGCGCAAGUGUCAACAGACCCUUCAGGAACUAGAGGAGGUGCUGCAGCAGCUGGAGGUGCUUUUUUCCCUGAGCAGGGUGCCCCGCGUGCUGCUGCUAAUGGGUGGCUCCCUCAUCCUCCCCAAAGAACUGUAUGAAAUCAACAUGGAGGCUCUGAUAUUGGCUGGAGAUAAAUGUCUGCGUGUGUCUUCGUGCUUGAGGCAACUCUUCCGCAAUUUGUUUGUGGCUGACCUGUUGUCUGACAUCAGACCUGUUCGUUUAAUGCCCACCACAGUCUUGGCACUGGCUCACAGGGAUUGCGGUGUAGGUUGGUUCCGCCCUAAACUACAAUUCAAAAUGCCAACCCGUGUAAAACACCAAAUUAUUGCUCUGUCUACUGAUCCCAGCAUCUAUAAGGAACCAAGGGCACAGGGGUCAGACUGGCUGGAUUAUGUGUGGUUUCAGGCACCCAUGACCAUCAAAGGCUUUGGCAAAUGAAAAAGUUAGGAAACAGUCUUAGAUUGGAGCAAUCUUUCUUGAGCCUGUAUACUACAAUUACAUGUUAAUGGCGUUUCAUGUUAAUUUUUAACUAUUCUUUAUUUUAAAUCAAGUUACUUUUUUUAAUUUGUUUUACUUGCGAUUAAAAGCAUGUCUAUUGAAACAAAAUUGACACAAGCAGUAUGGUGUAUUAACCUUUUUUAUAGAACUUUGAGUAUCAUUGUUUAUAUUUGAAGAAUGCUUUACAUGUUUGCUUUAAAUAUUACUAAUUUUAAAUAUCACUAAUUUUAAAGAUGUUAAACACAGACCAACACAUUGUUUACCAUAACUUGAAAGGUUUAAUGCAUUAUAUUGCUUUUUUAAUCCAAUCUUUGGAUACAUUGGAAUGUAAGUACCAUCUUGUGUACACAUGAACAUUUAUUAAAACAUGAACAAUA